AUGGUUGGCCUGUUCCUUGAGGACGGUCACGCCCCGGCCUCGCGCGCCUUGGAGCCAGACAUGGAGCCUGUCGGGUUCUUCUCACCACCUCCGCCCAAUUCAGGCAUUGCUGGGCACAUCUUCGGCCCGAGCUCAGAUGGCCUUGUCAUUGCUGUUGUUGCGGACAUGUCGGAUGGCACAAACGUGCCUACGGUAGAGUUCCGCGCCCCAAAUCCCACGUCCGGCGCCCUGUCGUCGUCGGGAGGCGCUGCGGUUCGUGUUGGCUUCAGACCGUUGACACCGCUAGCAUCGGGGAGUGCUGUGCCGGCGGGCUUUGAUCUCCGCGCCGCAGGCUAUCUCGACAUUGCGCGUACGGUAUUUUUGGCAGGUGUGGAUGAGAGUGCUGUCAAUCUGGACGAUCUUGUUGUCGUCAUCGAGUGUCCGCUGGCGACGGCUGCCGCUCCACUGCCCGAGCCACCGACCUCAUGCACGCUCCGCCGCAUUGGCACUAGCGGCGCGUUCCGCUUUGCAAACUCAGCUUCUCCCACGAACGGUGCUAUCACGGAGCUGGCUGUUGUCCCUGUUGCCGGUACAUCUGUGGCCAACUCAGGCUUCUUUGUCGUUGGGCUGUUGAACCAAACCGAGCUCGCCAUCGCGUCAUGUCCGCUCUCUUCAGGCAUUUGCUUUCAGGUUGCAAGUACCAUUGUGGGGCCUGUCUCGCCGCUCAUCGCCCAUGUUGAGCUUGCGCCGUCGAGCAUGGGCGUUUUCCUUCGCUCAACGCAGACUCCGUUCUCCACCACACUGUAUCCCUGUGGACUUUCGUCAUGCUCCUCAUCCGUUAAUGUUGGGACGUUCACUUCAGACCAAGUUGCGACCCUGGGAGUUGCUGCCUGGGUCUCAUCUUCCUCGAGCGACUCGAUUGUUGUCUUGGUUGACGAGUAUGUUCGAGUCUGCAUCGGAAGUAAUGACUGCAGCUUGUCCGACUCGCUGCUGUCGUUCGCGCCAUCUUCCAAGUCUUCUAUCGUGGCGGUAGCGGCUACUCGUGGCGAUGUGGGUCCUUGGCUUCCAGGCCUAUCAGAAGUCAACUUUUUUGUGGCUGUCAGCUACUCCUCGCCGGGCAAGCCGCCGUCUCUCUCGUUUUUCUCGGUCUCGUCUGCUUCCCGCUUCCGCCUUGUCCGUCUUGCAAUCGCAUCGCCGACUAUGUCAUGCCGGGUUGCCGGCCAUUGCCUCUCGCUUGGCUAUGACCAGGCAAGCGGUCUGCUUCUUGCAGGCUACCCGGAAGUCAGCGGCGCUUUUGGCAUCUCGGGCAUCAAGACCUUCAAGUGGCGCCCAAAGGUUGACGUCAAUCCGGUCUCGGUCUCGUCUCAGGACCUCGUCAUUGCUGUUCAGCCCAAUAUGCGCGGUUUUCCCUCGCUCUCGUUUCAGCUUGCCCCUUACACAGCCCUCACCGGGCCGAUCACAGUCUCUGACGUACCGUUUACGACUGUACUCCGUAGCUCGCUCGCCCACGGCGUGUCUGUCGACAUUGUCUUGUCCUACCCAGGCUUUUUGCCCGGCGAUACUGUCACGCUCGCCUGGCGACUCUCCUCUGCCAUGGCGUCGUUUGAGUCAUCAUCGUUGGGCUACGAGACUAUGACGGUGACGACUCCCGCAACGCCGUACGAGGUUGUCGGCGUGACGGCAAGAACUAUCCAAGCUGAGUCGAUUGAUCUGGAUUGGACACCUCCCUUUUCACCGGUCAACGAUCCAAUCACUUCGUACGAUGUCAUCGCAAAGUCUGCCAUUCGUUCCGGCUCCAACGAGCCGUCGCCGCCGCUCGGCGUCUUGGCGUCGGUGACCGCUCCAGUAGUCUUUCCACUCAGCGUUGCUGUCGAGCCGUCAGUCACCUACAGACUCGUGGUUGUUGCAUACAACAUGGCUGGUGGCUCGCCGACGGGCGGGGAGUUGAGUAUCACCACUCCGUGCUCAACGACUGCUCUGCCGAGUGCGCCGACCAUCGGGACGUUUGCCCUCGAGCUCGACAUCAGCAGUCUUGCGCUUCGUCUCACGUGGGCCGAGCCGCGCGAUGGAGGCUGUGCUCUCGACGUUUAUCGCAUUCUGCUCCACACGCCUAGCGCAAGUCCAUUCCCAAGCCCCACUGCUGUGGCGACGGUCUCGGCCAGUGCUGCGCGCACCUUUCUGAUUGGAGUUGACGCGGAUCCGCUUGGCGGGAGCGGGACGGUGGCCCUGCUGCCGUCAACUACCUAUGCAGUCUCGCUUGAAGCUGUGAACGUUGUAGGAAGUGUCUCGACGCUCUCGGGAACUCAAAGUGUAACGACCCCGGCUGUGCCGCUUCCGCCGGCGUCAUUUACCGCCACUCCGAGCUCGCCGCAGGAGGUUGGGCUGUCAUGGACUCCGCCAACCGGCUCGGUUAGCGGUGAUGUAUUCUUGUACACAGUCAAGAUUGCCGUCUCGCCUGGUCCGGCAACAGACAUCAUCUACCAGGGCAGUGACACCAGCUUUGUCGCCACCGGGCUCACCUCCCAGGUCACCUACGUCUUUGCACUCACCGCAGCCAACGGAAUCGGCGCUUCAUCGCCGGCCUCGACCGUGGCUACAACACCCUCGGGCUGUUUUCCCGUCUGCGUUGCCGGCCAAGGCGUGUGCACCUCUACGGCGCCAUUCUCCUGCACCUGUAAUGCUGGCUUUGCUGGCACCGACUGCUCAAUUGCCUGUACAUGCGUCAAUGGCGUGUGCGCCGACGGCUCGUCCGGCGAUGGAAAGUGUGCUGUAGGCACAUGCAGUGCUGGUUUUGAGGGCGACAACUGCGACACGCCCAUUCCGCUGGUCGUUGCCUCAUGUACAGGCUGUACGCUCGGGAUGGCUGCGGUGGCGUCGCAAGCUAUCACGCUCUCAGGCACCGGCUUUGAUGCUCAGGUUGUGGCGUACCUCAACGACACCCUAGUUCCUACCAGCUAUGCUGCUGCAAGCACCCGAGCUGUGGUAUUCGAUCCGCUCAUCGCUGCUACAGGCUCACUGAUGAUGACGUUGCCGGCGGCAACGUCAGCGUCGCUAGGCGCGGCAUCCGCCUACGCCAAUCUUACUUUGGUCCAUAGCUCGUCUGGCGCAGUUUUGGCAUCGCGAUCGAUUGUGUACUAUACCACCUCGUCGUGCACCAGUGAGGGCCAGGUCGACGUCGGCGGUCAGUGCGUAUCGUGUCCCGGAGGCGGAACGUGUCCAGGCGGCUUUCGGAUUUGGCCGGCCGAGGGCUACUGGCUCGAGAGCGAGACUGCUGGCCCGGACGCGCUAGUGACUUGUGAGAACGAGGCGGCGUGCCCCGGCGCUCUCGGAACGAGAACCGGCUAUCCAGUCCAGUCGCAGGCGUCCGGUGCGCGAGUUACCGCCGUCUGCGCCUCGGCCGACGGUUACACCGGUCGCGAGUGCAAGGACUGCCUUGACGGCUUUUACCGCGAUCAGCAACAAUGCCGGUCGUGCGGGCUCUCGGAUGCUGACAAGGCUGAGUUCUACCUCCUUCUCAUUGUCGUCGUCGUUUUUAUGACGCUCAUUUCGGCGUCUGUUGCGCUUCUCCCGGACAAGUGGCUCGAUCGGUCCGUAACGGCAUUGCUCGGCCUCCAGCAAAUCGUCUUUGUCGGGCCGCAUCGCCAACUUUUCCGCGGCCUCUCGUUCCUGCUCUUUGACAUUGAGUUUGCCAAGCCGACGUGCACCAUCGGGAAGAUCCCAUUUUGGGGCAUCUUUGCGGGCACUGUGGUCGUCCUCAUUGGUGCACUUUCGACAUUCACUGCUGCCUCGUACAUCUUUGCUACCCUUCAGAAGCGAAAGAACCCGAAUCUGAGCAAGAGCAAGAUGAUGUGGAUUCGCGCCAUGCACUCGUGGCUCCUCCUCGGCGCCAUUGCUUACCUUCAGUUCAAUGUCCGCCUCACACAAGCGCUGUACUGCAAGAAGGAGACUUCGUCCGACGGCGUCACCUACCGGCUCGACAUCGAACCCGACACGGUGUGUUGGACCGGCUCGCACCUAUGGGUCACCAUCUUUGCCGCCGUCUUUGUGCUCGGCUACUCGCUCGGCUUUCCCAUCUCCAUGUUUGUUCUAGUUGCUCGGGCCCACGCCCGCGGUCUUACCCAGUUUGACCGCCACGUCUAUGGCUACCUCAUCCGUGGCGUCAAGGACAAGUACUUUUGGUUCCGGUUCAUCACCUUUAUCAUUAACCUCUCGCUUGCCGUCCAGACCACCCUCUUUCCGACGUCGGCGCUCAAGCUCUUUACCUCGCUCGUCUCGUUCCUCCUCAACAUGUUUGUGGUCGGCCUUCUUUGGCCGUUCCGCGAUUGGUGGGCAAACUACAUCCCCAUCGGUGUCGGUGUCGCCACCUCAGUCCAGAUCCUCAUUCUUCGUGACAAGCUCUCGACCUCGCUGCAGAUUGCCACGCUGGUCCUUAUUGCCGUUGUUUACGUGGUGGUCAUCGGGGCACGGACGCGUAUCCUCAUCCGUCACGGCCGUAAGCAUCCGAAGGCCAUGAAGGUCCAUUUGCUUCGGGCUUUUGCUGCUCGCUGUGUCUACCGUGCCAAGGAGGCCAAGACCGAGCAAAUUGUCGACGAGCUUGAAGAGGACGAUCUCGACGAGCUGGCCCUCGCUGACGAGGACUUUGUCGAGCGCCCGGUCGUCCCGACCAAGGUCUUGCGCAAGAAAAAGGUGGCCAUCCGCGCCGAGCUCGACGAUGCUCAGCUCCGCGACCGUUGGAUCCCACCCUCCUCCGACUCGGUUGUCGAGCUCACUUCGGGAGGUGAGAGUGAGGCGUCGUCACUCGUCGACUCGGCGUCGUCCUCGACUCAUGCUGUCGAUGCGUUGGCUUCGAUGGCCUCGGACAUGUCUGACCUUGUCGACGUGCUGGACGAUGUGUAUGAGACUCGGCUGCAGACCUCGCGCGCCCGGAUCGCUCAUCUCCGCCAACAGCUGGCCGACAUCCGGGCGGCAAAGGCUCGCCAACGGCCACGUCGCGAGCGGCCGCUCCUCUACUCGGACUCAUAUACUGAGUAG